GGUCGCGAUAUUUUUUUGUAUCCUUGCUGCCAACAUAAAUGUGUAAAUUUCUUCGUUAGAAAAAGAUCAGAUGACAUGGGGGUAACAUUGUUUUGAAGGCCCUUUACUGGUUAAGCAGGCCUCUACGGCCCCCUCGCCUUUGUUUGAAACUAUAUUGUCCAGAAAUCAUGUUUUAUACUCAUACAAUGCUAUCAUAUUAGUUAAAGAAAUUUCGAAUCAUUUUUUAAAUAAAUGUCAGUAUAUCGCAAAUGCAUACAGGCUUCAUAAUAAAUAUUUUAGAAAGUAAUUUUCUGAUGUUUCCGUUUCCUGGCUAGGACCACUAGUCUAGCUACUUUUCGUGUUUUUAGCGUCCUGUGUAGCUAGCGAGCUUAUUGCUAUAAACCCAGUCACGUUUUAGCUGUUUAACAUUAGUGCUAUGUAUUUGUGGCGUCUCCGUCUUUUAAAUGGGGAACAUUACUCAGUUCAUGAAUGUUCCGUUAGGUUAAUAAGUAGCUAGCAAGGCUUGGUAGCUGACAAAUAAUGAACAAUUAUAAGCGAGCUACAAGCCAAAUGCAUUUACUAGUUGACACUACUGUAACGUUAGCAUCAGGUGCACCUGGGCGUUCUAGCUGUAAUUAGUAAUACAUAUCAUAAAGGUGUUGUUAACCACUGUUUAUAAAUAGUUUUUUUUUGUGUGCACAGUACUAUAGCAAUAAUCCUCUUACUCUACUGACUAGUUCGCGUUAUACACUGUUUGCACAUUUUUGGUUUCGAUUUUUAACAACGUCAACUUACAGGUAGCUAACUGACUGGUUAGCUGGUUUUUCACCCACAUAUAGUACUAGGAGAUUGGGGUGGUUGAGCGUCGUACACGUUUGUGCUUGCAUGCAACUAUUCAAAUGAACAAAGUUGUUUAAAUUGUGGUUUUAAUCGUGAAACACAUACUAAUGCAGUGGCUCUAUCAGAUUAACAGUGCCUGAGAUGUUUGACAGCAUUUGCAUCCUCCGCAAGUAUUCAGUUAGUUUGACAGUUAUUUGUAUGCAUUCUGAGCCUUGUAAUAUAUUCAGUAUACAUCAGUGGAAGAUAUAUUUUCUGAAUUCAGACGAAGAACGUGGUAAAUAAAGUUUUGAUGAAGUGACCAAAACAAGAUGAGACAUAAGACUAGGCAGUUAGACAGCUGCUUUUAUAAAAACGAAAAAGAAACAUUUGGUAACAACAAACACAACUUAUGCAAGCAAGAUAGUAGCUGUACAUGGCAUGAUCAGGAGGUGGACAGAAAGAUCUAAAGUGUAGCUGAUGUUCUCAAGGACAAGAGUCACGUGAUGUAUGAGGGCAAACACAUACACUUCUCGGAGGUGGACAAUAAGCCAUUGUGCUCAUACAGCCCUAAGCUCUGCAAGCAGCGCAGGCUAAAUGGCUAUGCCUUCUGUAUCCGUCACGUCCUGGAGGAUAAGACGGCCCCCUUCAAGCAAUGUGAAUAUGUGGCCAAGUACAACAGCCAACGAUGUACCAACCCCAUCCCCAAGGCAGAGGACCGCAGAUACUGUAACAGCCACCUGCAAGUACUCGGCUUCAUCCCGAAGAAGGAACGAAAGAAGAAGCACGAGGCGUUGGAAGAGAUGCGCUCGAGGAACCACCUGGAGUCGGUGGCUCUCAACAUAACCGUGCCCUCGUUGGCUCUGAAGGUUCCCAACGGCUUGGAUGAGCUGCCGCCCUCCCUGCCCUGCGCCCGCCUGCUGCUGCCCUCCGACGGGGAGCUCCUGGACCCUUUUGCCUUCUACGAGGACGACACGGACGGGGAGGAGGGCCCCCCUCGGAAGGGCUCGACUGUCCGGAAGAAACUGCAAAGCCGGCUGGUGCUCAACCAGAAACUCCAGCUCCACCAUGACACGGACCUUCUCCAGCCCCCGCCAGAGCACUUUAGCCCCGCCCCCGCCCCCCGGCCGCACCCUUCCUCCCCCCUCCAGCCCCACCUCCCCCGCCAGCCGCCAGGACUCCUCCAGCCCCCACAGCACUCCGCCAUGCCCUCCUUCGUCCUCUCAGGACAGCAGCAGGGACUAUUAUGCAAUCCAGCGCCACCUCAGACACCCCCCUUUCUGCCAGCCGGGCUGCCUCCCAACACGGCCCCCAGCCCGGCCCAGCCCCCCGGGCCCUCCCUGGGCAGGAAGAGCCUCCUCGCCGCCUCGCCCCUGCCCCCCGGCGGCUGGGACCCGGCUCCUGCCCAGCGGCACGUGGUGGCCAUGCGCCCGGCUGUCUUCUCACCGCCCGCUGCCUGCCUCGCCAGGCUCCAGCAUCUGGUGCAGCUCUGCAGCCAAAGACAUCAGCAGCACGGAGACCUCUUUCCUCACCUAGGGUUGGACUGGUCUGAGGACAGCGAGGAGGACGAGGAGGCCGAGAGGGUCCCACCAUAUCAGGCCUCCUGGCGGCUACAAGGAGGCCACCUGCAGGACGGGUCCGAGGAGGAGGGCGGCUGCUCGCGGCGGACGAGGCUGGCUCGGCUGUGCUCAUACCUGCAGGAGAAGUACAAGCACAUGUGCAGACAGGAGAGGGCGAGCAUGCGCCAGAAGAGAUACCGCCACGCCUUCCGGAAGGCCCUGCUGCACGCUGCCAGUAAAGACCCGGACUGCGCUGGGCAGCUGAUCCAGGAGCUACACAACGCCUCCAGGACUUCCUCGAGUGUGGCUUCACUGGGGGAGCAGGAUCCAGAGACAGGAAUCUGCACUGGCAGCACCAAGGGUCUCGCCUGCCACAGCCCAGCUCUGCCCUUCACCCGACACUGCUUCCAGCACAUCCUGUUGAACCGCUUCCAGCAGCUGUUCUCCAGUUGCACAGCCAAAUUUGCUGAUGGACAGCAAUGCUCGAUCCCUGUGUUUGACAUCACGCACCAGACGCCGCUCUGUGAGGAGCACGCCAAAAAGAUGGACAACUUCCUGCGAGGGGAUGGGAACCGGCGAGUGCAGCACCAGCAGCACCAGCAGAGGAAGCCCCGGAAGAAGACCAAGCCCCCGGCGCUCACCAAGAAACACAAGAAGAAGCGCAGGAGAGGACCGCGCCGCCCCCAGAAACCCAUCCCCCCAGCGCUGCCCCAGGGCAACCUGGGAAUGCCUUCCUCCAGCCUGGCCAUGCCCACUCAGACCAGCAUCAGGAGUCCCUCCACCCCAGAGCUGAGCACCGACGAGCUCCCUGAUGACAUCACCAACGACAUGGCGGACAUUCCACAUGACCUGGAGCUCAACCAGGAGGACUUCUCAGACGUUCUGCCCAGGCUCCCCGACGACCUGCAGGACUUUGACCUGUUUGAAGGUAAGAAUGAGGAGCUGCUCCCCACCACAGAGGAGGCUGAGGAGCUGGUGCGAGCGCUGCAGGCCAUGGGCUCCUACCCAGACUCUCUGGUGUGCCUGACGUCCAUGGGGGAGCUGGCUCCGGCCGACGCCGUGGACCACCGGGCCCUGGCCGUGUUCCCCGGCCCCGUGGUCCAGCCCGGGGGCAUGGGAGACCUCCUCAACAGCCGCGGGAACUUCCCCAGCCUGGAGCUGGAAGACAACCUGCUGCACUCGGCCGGGAGCCACUUCCCCCCGCCGCCCUCGGCCCAGACCCCCGCCCAGACGCCCACCCCCGGGCCCAGCUUGACCACCUCGGCCUCCACCGGCCCCGCCUCCAGCACCCUGCUCAUCCAGAGCACCCUGUCCGAGCGGACGUUUCCCCGGACGCACCCUCCCCACGUCCUGGCCAAGCCUGAGGGGCCGGGCUCCCCGCUGCGGGGCGGCCAGUACAGCAGCGAGCACGUGCCAUCCCCCUACAGCGAGCACAUGGCCUCGCCCCACGCCAGCUCCUUCCAGACAGACUCCUCCCUCCUGCUGGAGGGCCCGCUGAGCGGGGUCCCGGCCCCCGCGCGCCCCUCCUGGAACAACCUGCCCCUGCCCCUCACGGACCCCACACAGUAUGGAAACCUCGUCGGACCGGAGGGUCACCUCAUAUCCACCUCUCUGUCCACGCCCCCUUCCACCAGCCACUCCGUGACCCUGCAGCCCGUGGCCGCCCUCUCAGCGAUGCCCCAGAGUGGCCUGACGGGCUUGACUUCUCCCCCCGGCGCUCCUGCGCCCUCGCCCCGGGACAUCCUGGCCUCCACCCAACCCAAGCAGCAGCUCCCCCAGUUCAGCGCGGCCUUCGGCCACCAGCUGGCCUCCCACAGUGGCAUCCCCAAGGACGUGCAGCCCAGCCACAGCUCCACGGCGCCCCCCACUGGCUUCUCCAUAGCCAGCGCGACCGCUGCAAGUGCCAACAGCACCACGCCCCCCUUCCCGCAAAGCAACUGAGUUAGCCAGCCUCGCGCGGGUCUCGCCAGUGGACUCGCUCAACGAUCCAAUUCGCUCGGGAAAAUGAUCGGCCCAACAUGAUCUGUGACGAGAGUGCAAUGUUUUUGUAGGUUUAUUUCUAUUAUUUUUUUUAUUUUUUUUUACGGUGCACUAUUUUGCACAACCUCAGAUUUCUUUUUCUUGGCCUUGGGUGAUUUUAUUGAUCUGGAAACCAAUUGGCAACCUCAUGCUUAACGGUAUGAACAGGUCGUUUCUCUUGAGUCCACUGGCCGGGCCGCAUGCUGCUUGGUGGUUGUACACAGCGGGU